GAAAAUAUUCUUCAUCCCUAAAAGAAAAUUAGGAAAUAUUCCCAAAACCAGCCCUCGUUAACUUUAUGCAAUCUCUUCUUACACAGUUACACUUGUAUACAACAUACAAGCAUAUACAUACAGAGAGAGAGAGAGAGAGAGAUGGCAGACAAGCCGAGCAGAGCUCUCGUAUUGUACGGUGACGGGCUGGCCCGAUUCCUCAGCCCGGCCCAAACUCACCUCAAUUCUCUCGCUUCUCGGGCUCUCUGCGGUUUCCUCGCUCUCCCUCAUUCUCCUCAAUCAGGGAAUUACAUUGCAGAAAAUGAGGAUAUGAGGAUAGUUAGGGAGUUUGCAGAGUUGCUUGAUGCGAACGAAGCAUAUGAAAGCUCGGUCGCAACAGGAAUACGUGAGAAUACACCUCAAGAAAAGUGUGCAUUCCCGUCUGUAGCAGAGAGGUUCAUGGGAAUGAAGGCAGCUAUAGUCACUGACAACUUAAGCGUGAAAUCUUUUGGAGGUAUGAUGGUUGGCUUCAAAGUGUUCUCCUGGAACAAAAUGUCUGAAAACGACGGUUCCAGCGCUGAGUCGUCUCAUUUGGCUUCCGAGUUGCUGAAACUUCUUGGAUUUCAGGAAGGGCAGAUAUUGGAUUCGAGCAUCUAUGAGUUGGUUUUCGUUCAUAUUGGAGCCAACACGAAGAUGAAUGGGGUCGCGGGCGUAGAUCUUGUGAACUGUUUGGUCGGCGAUCUCUUACACAAGGCAUCCUCUGAAAGUUAUAUCGGCUCUAGGCUGCACACGUCUGUUAUAAUGAGCUACGGGGCUACUCUAGGAGACGACGAUCUACAUCUCUCGAUUUCAAAUGCUACGAGUGAGGAUGAUGGUGAACUUUCGCGCCUUAUCCCGCGUCAAAGCUACAUGAUGAAAGCCGGGAAACCUAGGGAAAAUAUUAGGCAGCACUGUCCAAUGCUACUAGCCCAGUAUCAGCAUGCUGUGACGCGCGUUGAUGCAGCCGAAUCGUUCACGUUUAGAGAUUUUCUUGAGAACGGCGGGAACCUCGUUAUACCGGUGGAUCGAUUCUUACACGAGGUGGCAUUCAAACUAUGGAAGGCCCCAAAAUAUGGCGCUUGAGAGCUCAUCCGUUGCAGGUACGAGAACUAGAUCGAAUGCGAUUGGAAGGGCCUUCAACGAUCAAAAUUUUAUACCCUGUUUCAUCUCGUUUACGGCUGCAUCUUUUCAUCUCAUUUUCCUUGUUCUUCGACGUGAGUGGUCCAAAAUCACUAGUUUCACGAUUUCUCUAAAACAACAUUUACUCAAAUUGAAUGUGAAUAAAUAGUUUAGCAUUAAAACAAA